GGUUUCCCCUUCGUGGUUUCUCCAGCUCCGCCCCCUCGGCCCCUCCAGCCUGGUUUGCACAGCUUCCUGCUCCCAGUACUCUUGUCUGCAGCAUCAUGGCAAUUACUGUCUACCUUCCCUGCCUCCUGGUCCUGUCUAUGGGCGGCCUGGCUCAAGGCAUCAAGAGCUCCCUUAGGAGCCAGGACCCAGGACCCCAGCCACUGGAGCUGAAACAGGCCUUCACAUUGUUCCAGAGCCAGUACAACCGGAGUUACUCAAACCCAGAAGAGUAUGCUCGUCGCCUGGACAUCUUUGCACACAACCUGGCCCAGGCUCAGCAGCUGGAGGAGGAAGACUUAGGCACAGCCGAGUUUGGGGUGACUCCAUUCAGUGACCUCACAGAGGAGGAGUUUGGCCGGCUCUACGGGCAUCGGAGGAUGGAUGGAGAGGUUCCCAAAGUGGGCAGAGAGGUAGGGUCUGAAGAGUGGGGGGAGUCAGUGCCCCCAACCUGUGACUGGCGGAAGUUGGAUGGAGUCAUCUCAUCCGUCAAGAAGCAGGAAAGCUGCAGCUGUUGCUGGGCCAUGGCAGCGGCAGGCAACAUCGAGGCCCUGUGGGGCAUCAAAUACCGCCAGUCCGUAGAACUCUCCGUGCAGGAGCUGCUCGACUGUGGCCGCUGUGGGGAUGGCUGCAGGGGUGGCUUCGUCUGGGAUGCGUUCAUAACCGUCCUCAACAACAGUGGGCUGGCCAGCGAAAAGGACUACCCAUUCCAAGGGCAGGUCAAACCCCACCGGUGCCUGGCCAAGAAGCAUAAGAAGGUGGCCUGGAUCCAGGAUUUCAUCAUGCUGCCGGACAACGAGCAGAAGAUCGCCUGGUACCUGGCCACCCAAGGCCCCAUCACCGUGACCAUCAAUAUGAAGCUCCUGAAGCUAUACAAGAAGGGUGUGAUCGAGGCCACGCCCACCUCCUGUGACCCUUUCCUCGUGGACCACUCUGUCCUGCUUGUGGGCUUUGGGAAGAGCGAGUCAGUGGCGGACAGGCGGGCAGGCGCAGCCGGAGCCCAGCCUCAAUCUCGCCGCUCAAUCCCGUUCUGGAUCCUGAAGAACUCCUGGGGCACCAAAUGGGGUGAGAAGGGCUAUUUCCGGCUGUACCGAGGGAAUAACACCUGUGGCAUCACCAAGUACCCGCUCACUGCCCGUGUGGACCAACCAGCGAAGAAGCGCCCAGUGUCCUGCCCUCCCUGAGCCUGCGCGACUGACCCUCAGCUCUGUCCUGCUAUGCCAGCUGUCUCCUCGCCAGCCCUACCCAAGGCUUUUGCCCGUCCUCUUAAUCUUGCUACGGCUUGAAUAAACCAAGAUAAGCUCCCUGGC